CCACUGCUCACUAGUAGGCUCCAUUACUCUAGAUAUUAUCAGCAGCCGUUAAAAAUCUUCUGUAGAAUAAGCAGAUUGCUCUCUUUUUAGAACUACCUAAUGUGCUGUUAGUAGACAAGGGUAUUAUGAAAUUUUUGCAAUAUGACUUAACAAAUAGACGCAGGAGGCUGCAUGUUACUGCAUGUUGAAACAUGUAAUGAGUGCAUAGUAGCCGCCAGCAGCACGUCUGUUGAUUUAGUUGUAUACGUACAUUCGUAUUGACAGUGUAAAGUGGGGAGUAAGGCAUCGUGGUCACGUAGUGAGAUAAGGGCAGUUUUACGAAAUGACGCUUGCAUUAAAGAAUGA